GCCGAUUUUUCUUGUCAUCUGCGCACAGGGCGAUAUUCCCCAGGAGUCACAUCUCCAUAUUUCCCGGUUCUAUAAUUUUUUUCUAUAUCCCCAGCCGAUGAUAACCCACCAGCUGUUGGACCACCUACCAUAUAUCGAUGUGGCCAUCACCGGUGAAGAACAGCAAAAUGUCGAAUCCCUCAUAUUCCAGGAAUUAGCCCAUCAAGAAUCGCUUCGACUGCGUGGCCUGUCGCUGCUCCACCCCACCCACCACCACCCGUUGGUCGACAUGGUGGUGCCUUUCCCCGAAACCGCUAGUCCCUCAUCGGUGGCAUUGAAAGAGAUUGAGAGAUACGAACAGGAGCACGAUCAGGAAGAACCAGACCAUAUUUUCUCCGACGGCAUCGACGUGGUGCGGUACGACGUGGAGUACGAUAAUGGAAAUGCCCGGUACUACGAGAGUCUCUACUAUGCGUUGAAUGAAACCGAUAAUUUGAACCUGGUGCUUCAGAACGCGGGUCAGAUGGCUCAGGUCAAUGCCCAGCACGCCGAGGAAGUAAGCCGGCUCCACCACCAGCUCGAGUCGGUGUUGGAAAAGAAGCGGCGCCAGGAACACGAGGUCAACUCUGUCAGGAAAAAGAGGCAGGCCGACUUUAAGCCUGUCAAUGACUAUCUCAACAGUCGAUGGAAGGAGGGUAUAAAGGGCGUGGUGGACCUCAGCGUAGAUGUGGUGACCAAACGGGACUGAUCCCGAUACGAACGAUACGAACUGUAUUACAUAACGAUAUAGAUACAUUUAUUUAAUUCAUGUCAUGGUAUACAAAUGUCAAUGGCCUGUUGAUAUGACAAUGGCUAUGAUAAUUCAUGCAAUGCCUACUUGUUCAUGCAAUGGCUAUUUGAUAAUUCAUGCAAUGGCCUUCUUAAUGUCAGCCUAACUUCCACCCUAACCUGUCAACCUCUCUAGCCCCGGUCCAACCUUCUUCUUAUCCAUGAUCAUCGAACUCUUAGAACUACCCAUAUUGAGAAUCCGAGGACACCCCUCUCGGUGCUUCUCCAACCUCACACACUCCAAGCAAUAGAACGCUUCGACCCCCAGAUCCUCUUCCGUAAAUCGAUGUCCACAGAGGAUACAUCGAUCUCUGAGAUGGCCCUGGGAACACUCCUGGCAAAUCCGCACCUCAACCGUUGGCUUCACGUACGAAUCACAGAUCGGACAUCUGCCUUCACAAUUACCACAUACUUUGCCCACUUGAGCACCCAUUUGUUUCAUACACUGCACCAAAUCAUAUUGAUGGCGGGACAUCUCUCUUCAAAC